UCUCAUCUCUCAAGCAGCUGAGAAGAUGAGAAAGGAUAUACAUAGAACCAGGAAAGAGCGGGUGUACCUAAGAUCCUAAAAUGAUGCCUCUCAAGCUAGGAGCCUUGAUUCUGUGGUUUUAUUUACAAAGCCUUGGAAAACUGGAGGGGAGGCAAAGCCAUUCAGAAUCUAAAAUCCUCUGAGAUAAUUUCUGUCAUCACCCUGGAAGCCACACCGCCCAGUUGCUGUCCAGCGCUGGGUCAAGGAGUCCGGGCAGUGGGCAGCUCUGUGAACACAGAGGCUGCAACUCGCUGACGCCACCCGGACACUUUGCGCUUCGGUGGGCUUUGCGCUCUGAGGACGUGUCUCCGCACCAUCUUCCCAGGAGCUGUGCGGGAGAUGGUGAUCAUGGCAGGGACGGUGAUGCUGGCGUACUACUUCGAAUACACGGACACGUUCACUGUGAACGUGCAGGGCUUCUUCUGCCACGACAGCGCCUACCGCAAGCCCUAUCCGGGCCCAGAGGACAGCAGCGCAGUGCCCCCUGUGCUCCUCUACUCGCUGGCUGCUGGUGUCCCGGUGCUCGUGAUAAUAGUUGGAGAAACUGCCGUGUUUUGCCUACAAUUAGCCACAAGGGAUUUUGAAAACCAGGAAAAAACUAUUUUAACUGGAGACUGUUGCUAUAUAAACCCACUGGUACGCCGAACUGUCCGAUUUCUUGGAAUUUAUACAUUUGGACUCUUUGCUACAGAUAUCUUUGUAAAUGCUGGUCAAGUGGUUACAGGUAACCUGGCUCCACACUUUCUGGCCUUGUGUAAACCCAACUACACAGCACUUGGGUGUCAACAGUACACACAGUUCAUCAGUGGAGAGGAAGCGUGCACAGGCAACCCAGAUCUCAUCAUGCGAGCAAGGAAAACCUUCCCAUCCAAAGAGGCUGCCCUCAGUGUCUAUGCUGCCAUGUAUCUGACAAUGUACAUUACCAACACUAUCAAAGCCAAAGGCACCAGACUUGCUAAACCUGUUCUAUGCUUGGGAUUAAUGUGUUUGGCCUUUCUUACUGGACUCAACAGAGUAGCAGAAUAUCGAAAUCAUUGGUCAGAUGUGAUAGCAGGCUUUCUAGUUGGAAUAUCUAUAGCAGUAUUUCUGGUUGUAUGCGUGGUAAAUAAUUUCAAAGGAAGACAACCAGAGAAUGGGCACAUGCACAGGGACACUGUGGCCCGUAUGCCGAUGAUCAACAUUCCUCGAGUAGAAAGUCCUUUGGAAAAGGUAGCAUCUGUGCAGGUGUUUCAAAAUCAAUGUAUUGAAGAUGAUCAAGAAGAAAAUUCAGAGGGGAGGUCCUUUAAAGACUGCCUUGCCAGGCUUUUCGGCUGGAUAAUGGGGAUUAGCCACUGCGAGCACCUCCAAUUAAGGCAAUAAACAACCACAUCACUGCCUUUGCGGAAGUCACAUGAUAUUGAAGCAGAUGGUGUUUCCCUGCACUGGACAUCAUCCCUUUUUACCAUCCAUUCAUAAGAAAGUUUAUUUGAUUAUACAGGAAAUUUAUAAAGUUGUCUGAGACUUUUUAUAAAUUUUAAACUCAACAGCAUCCUGUCUGCCCCCACCCCACUAGACUGUGAGCUCCUCGGGAGCAGGGUCAUGGCUUUCCCUUGUGUAUCCCCAAACACCUACUGCAAAGCCUAGCACAAAGUGUGGGUGUUCAGUAAAAACAUGAUGAUAUAAUGAACAAAUUAAUUCUUAAAUAAAGUGGUUGGCUUAGUUUCUCAAAAGAAUCUCUGUGACUAUGUGAAAAGAAACCUCAAUGCAGGUUAUAUUUGUAUAGAAAAAAAACCCUCUAUUUUGGGCUAGAUGAGCCUUUUUUAAUUUUUCAUACAUCUAUUCAACAGUGUAUCAUAUUUAAUUAGAAGUUAAUUUUGAAAGUCAUGGGGGCUUUUUACCAUGCAGCAUGACAUUAUUUCCAUUCUAACAGAUUUCAGUGUGUGGGAUCAUUUUACUUUUAGAGAGUAUGUCCUAUACUAAAUUGUUUGCUCAUUAUAUUAUGCUAUAUUACACUUAAAACACCAUUCAUACUACACAUUCUAAGACUGGUGCUUCUGCUUUUAAAGGGGAAAUUGCCAAUUUUUACUGUCACUGAGUAAUGUAUCAUAAUUAAAAUAAUUUAUUUGGACGUUUUCUUUGACAGUUGUCAUUUAAUGGUUGAGUAACAAUUUUCAAAUGCAGGCAAUAUUUAGAAUGCGUUAAGGUAAAUCCAGCCCUGAUACCUUAUUAUUGUGUAACUUUCCACCAUUAACAGUGUCUCCAGAAUGGCUAUAGUCUAUCCUUAAGCUUCCUUACUGGCCAAGGACUCAAAUAAUUUAAAUGGGAAAGAACCAUAUCUUAGCAUACUAUUAUGUAGAUGCUAGACAUAUGAUUAAUGUGUUUUUGUAAUUGUCUAAUACUUUAAUUAAAUGUAUUUAUAUUUAUUUUAUCAUUUAAUCCUCCCAGAAAUCCUGUAUAAAUAUUGAAAGAUGGCUUUAUUUACACAUGAGAAAAAAUGAAGCCAAGACUGAUAACAUGCCCAAUACCAUACCGCUAGUCAAGGAGAGAGUUAAAUCCAAAAUUCAGAUUUACACUGAACUUGUAUUUUUUCCCCUCAAAUAUGCCACAGCUGCCUCAACAUCCAUGACACUGAGCCCAUUAUGAGACCAUUAGAGUCCUAAACAACUACCUAUGUUAAAAGAAUAUGAAGAAAUGCCAAAAUAGAGUUAAGAAGGUGUACAGUAUUUUAAAUGUCAACCUUAUAUGAAUGAACAUAAACAUUUUACAAAUACAGAGCUAUCUAGGGUUAUGUUUAUAAUUCUAUAAAAAAUAAGGAAGCUCCAGUGUCUGGAUGUGAGGCUUUCUGUAAAAGAGAAGUCCAGAUCAGGUAUCUUCACUCUGUACCUCAGUUGCCAUUCAGAAAGUGGCUGAAGGACUAACUUUACAGUAACCAUUUGAAAUUAAAGAUGAAGAUGAUAACCAAAAUAUAAGGAGGAUGAAAUAAUGAGUCACUUUGCUGACCCAAGAUGCUUGAGUUAUAUGUGCAGAAAUUGAUUUAAAAGAAAAACUUUCUAGUCUUGAAAGAGUGUUGAAAGUAAACAUUUAAUUUACUCUUACUUUCAAUAGAAAUCAGCAAAUAAUUAAAACCAAAAGCUUGUCCAUUACUUACAAAUGGAUUUCAUUUGUCCAAUUCCAGGCCCUUAGGAGUCGAAACACUUCUACUAAAAGCCAAAUAAAUUCCCUCUUAUAAAAAUUGAGAUCUCUAUAGCAAUUCAGCUCUUUUGAAAAUUUGAGCAAACUUUGCAUUUCUUCAUCACUUUUAAAGACAUUGUUUUAAAAAGCACUAGUAGUGGGUAAUAAUUUGCUUCCUAGGUCUAGAAUAAAGAGUAUGAGUAUAAUAUCAAGCAAAGGCAGGUGACUGGUCAGGCUUGUACAAUUGUUUAAUUCUACUAGUUCUACAUCUGCUUUAGAAGGACCCAAGAACAAAUGAUUUUCCCCUUGGAGGCCUUAACAUUAUAUCAGGGUGUCACUGUCAGUGAUGAAUUUCUGUACCUUCCCAAACCUGGUCAGUAUAAAAGAGUUAUAAGUGAAAAACAAAACAAAGGAGGAUCAGGGUGAAAUCAUUUCUAAUAUUUAAGCAUCAAGAACCCAAGUUUGCAUGAUUAUGAAGUUCAGGAAAAAUUAAAGAGGCAUAAGAAUAAUCCAAACCCAUAAGAGACUACUUAACCAUGAUGCUAUUGCUGAGAAUAAUGGAAACUACAUUUAAGAAAAUGUUAAAACAAUUGGCAGGAGCUGGAGUUCAGCUCUUGUCUAGCAGCACAGGCCCUGGGUUUGAUCCCCAGGACCUGUAAGAGAAAGCACUAAUAUCAGUAUAUAAAUAUGUAUAUACAUAGUAUAGUAAAAGCAGGCAAUCACAUACCUUUCUGAUACAGACUCUCAACUUUAUUCUACUUCCUUGGGGCCCAGGUCAGUGUAAAUUGUUCAAGCUAAAACUUCAGUAGUCUCUGUUUGCAUGGCAGAACUUCUGCACAAGUGUUAUUUGAUGCCUAAGGUAACUUAAAAAGGCUCUUUUACGUUAAAAGAGAGGUGAACAUUCUUUGACAGACUUUGUCUAUUCAACUUCUAACUGGGCCUCUCUUUUUCUCAGGAUCUAUCCUAGCCAAAUAUCUCAGUUACAUUUACCUUAGUUUCCUUUGUGAAAGAACAGUGGGGGAGGAAAUAAUUCUCUGCUGUGUAUUGUAUUUUUCAAAUAAAAAUUAAAAAAUUAAAUUAAAAGAUAAA